AUGGCUGGGUCUUGCUGUGCCAAAGUCGAUGGGCUUAGCGAAGCAGGGGCGUUGGGCCUGCAACCGUGGCCCCGUGAUUCGCCGGAAUCAAAUCCCCUCAUCGUACUGCUGCCGACAUGGCACAAUACAAUCCAUGCCGCGUUCGUGUCCAGUUCCCUGGAGUCUCCAGUACGUCUCCAUGGUAUCUCCAUGCCUCCACAGACGGCUUUACGUCCCAGACCGCUGGUCACAGGUGGCACGGCUCCUCCAAUGACCACGGGGACGGAAUCCGCCGACCACGUUGUGCUGCUGCUUCAUGGUCGACGAUGGCUAGGAGGCAAGCAUAGGUGGAAACGUGGGGAACAACCCAAUGGAUAUGAAGGCGUCGCGCAUGAAUGGCAAGUUCUUCGUGGAGGCGAUUCCGGAAAGGAGAUGCCAGGAUUGCGGCUGUGGCUAGGAAUAGACUCGAUCGCCAAGGUGUCCGCCGUGCACGAGGCCUUCGGCGGGGCGGGGUGA